AGCGGCAGAGGGUGAAACGAGAGCACCAUCAGUAAUGACCGAAGGUACAGAAGGGACAUCAUUUAUAACCGAAACUGAAGGUAUGUCAUUCGUAACCGGAGACCCAUCACUUAUAAGCGGAGAACCCUCAGUGAUAACCGAAGAAAAGCCAGCAGUCGAAGGCGCUGUCAAAAAAGAGGAAAAGCCACCGGCCGCGAGCGAAGGAGAACCAUCAGUCAUAACCGAAGGUGAACUCUCAGGCAUAACUGAAGGUGAUGGAGAACAAUCACUUAUAACCGAUGACAAACUACAAUCUUUCAUAGCCGACCUUGAGGAGAAAGGGCCUUCAGUCAUAAAAGAAGAAGAUGUUCCAAUAGCAGAACAAGAGCAACCAUAACCGGAAACAUACUACUAGUUCAUAUAUAUAUA